AUGGCACCGACGGCGGAGAGCUCUGCAGACUGGUGCGAGAAGCCAGGGUUUCCUUCACACGAGGGAUCCUGGAUUCGAGGGACUGCGCAUGGGCUACCAGAAUACUGGUACCAGGAGGGACAUGAGAAGACCCGGAACGGCCCUCCUCCUCGCAUUUCCAUUGGAACACACGAGGACGCACACGUCAAGGUCGACGACUCACGCGUUGCAUCACGGCAUUGCAUGGUGUUCAAGGAGGGCCGCAACUGGUUCCUCGAGGGUGUCUCGACAAAGCGGCCUAUAAAUCUGGGAGACACGAUGCUGGAGCCAGGUGUCGCCUACCAGCUGAGCUCUGGUGAUGUGUUCUCGCUUGAUGGACCUGCCCAUGCCUUGCGAUACCUCGUCGAGUUCGAUGAUGCAGACAACUGGUACCUCGACACUACGUCUGACAAUGACUUUCCGAAUCGGUGGCCGGCAAAGAUGCCAGGCCAUCCGACAGAGGCGCCGCCGGCUCCCGAAGAACUCAAGCGGUUGGCCUGGCAAACCGACCAGAUGCGGAGACGAUCAGAGGAAGAGCAAGUUCUGGUUGCUGACUGGGCAGCUUUUUCGCAGUACGUGAAGAAGCAUUAUCACAAGUACGGCAUCUUCGCUGAGCCCUGGCAGGGAUCUCUUGGCCCGGUACCCCCGCGACCUCCGAAGCCUGUGAACAAGAGGAUGUCGGAGCGCGCCUUCCCAGCGUUGACACCUGGCCAGCUUGGCCGGAUGAUGGUCUAUGCUGGCCAUCGCCUUGGAGUGAAGAUGUGCGUCUUGGACCCGCUUGGGGAGAAGUCGCCUGCCGGACAGGUGGCGGAAAUGUCGGUGAAGGGCAGCUUCCAGGAUGCCGACUCGGUCCGAGAGUUGUCCAAGAAGUGUGACAUCCUCACUUUGGAGGUGGAGCACGUCAAUGCGGAGGUGCUGGAGGAGCUUCACCAGGCAGGCGUCCCCGUUCAGCCACUUCCCUUCGUGGUGAAGCUGAUCCAGGACAAGUACGUCCAGAAGGUCCACCUUCAAAAGCAUGGUGUGCCUUUGCCCGACUUCGAGAAGGUGGAGUCUGAAGCUGACUUGCAUAGCAUCGGCGAGCGCUUCGGCUACCCCAUGAUGCUGAAGAGCCGAUACGGCGCCUACGACGGCAAGGGCAACGCUGUGGUGCCUAAUGCACAGGGCAUCACGGCGGCCUUCGAGAAGCUUGGAGGCAAGGCCGGCAAGAAGCUGUAUGUGGAGAAGUGGGCUCCAUUCAAGAUGGAGCUGGCCGUGAUGGUUGCCCGGGGUGUGGACGAGACCAUGAAUGUUACCAUGCGCACUUACCCGGUGGUGCAUACCGUGCAGCGCGACAGCGUAUGCUUCACCUGCCUGACUCCACCCGUGGGAGUCACCCAGAAGCAGCAGGAGCUAGCCCAGAAGGUUGCCACCGACGCCAUCAAGAGCUUCGGUGACGCACGGGGUAUCUUCGGCGUGGAGAUGUUCCUCCUCCACGAUGGGUCCGUGCUCCUGAACGAGAUCGCUCCGCGACCGCACAAUACAGGCCACUACACCAUCGAAGCUUGUGGUGUCGAUCAGUUCGAGCAGCACCUUCGAUGUGUGCUUGGCCUCCCUUUGGGUGACUGCCAGCUCCGAGUCGGUGGUGCCAUGAUGGUGAACAUCCUUGGACAGGGUGAGACGCCAGAGAUGGUGACGAAGACCAUGGCUCCACUCCGACGCGCACUUCUAGUUCCGGAUGCCGGCAUCCACUGGUACGGCAAAGAGGGGUGUGUCAAAGGCCGGAAGAUGGGGCACAUCACGGUGACCGGCUUUACACCGGCCGCGGCAUUAGAAGCAAUUCGCCCUGUCCUGGUAGCCGUGGAUGGUGAUGACGCCGCUAGCAAGCACGAUGUCCCGACCAAGCCUUCACCCAGCGUGGGGAUCAUCAUGGGCAGUGACAGUGACCUUCCCACAAUGAAGGAUGCAGCUCAAGUGCUCGACGACUUCGGCAUCCCGUACGAGAUCAGUGUUGUCUCCGCUCAUCGUACACCGGAAUACAUGUAUGAGUACGCAACCACGGCAGAGGCCCGAGGCAUCAACGUGAUCAUCGCAGGAGCCGGCGGUGCAGCGCACCUCCCCGGCAUGGUGGCAGCGCUGACGCCCUUGCCUGUGAUUGGUGUUCCUGUGAAGUCCUCGGCUUUGAGCGGCAAUGACUCGCUUUUGUCCAUCGUGCAGAUGCCGAAAGGCAUUCCUGUGGCAACGGUGGCCAUCGGCAACGCGGCGAAUGCUGGACUUCUCGCUGUUCGCAUCCUGGGGGCCGCCAACCCAGGGCAGAGGCAGAAGAUGGCCAAAUACAUGGCCGCCGAAGCCGCGACUGUCGAGAAGAAGCGCCGACGACUGGAGCAAGAUGGCUGGCAAGCAUACCUUGCCGUUGCCAACGGCAACCUCAAUGGCAAGGCGUGA